ACGUGCCAGUCCUUCACAAUUCCUUUUAUUUCAUCUCAUGAAACCACGUAAGCCACACUUGCAGCUGAUAAAUACUUCUACUGAGCUUCAGCCUGUGUGUGUUUGUGUGCAGCCCUCUGGUCCUGUAGCUUUAACAGAAAGGUACGUCCUGCAGGUUGAUAACCAUGAAAUAAGGCUGUACUGAAAAUGCACAGUGAGAGGCAGACUUCAGUGAAAUACUAUGUUGGAAUUGAUGUUGGAUCAGCAAGUGUUCGUGCUGCUCUGGUAGAUGAGUUUGGGACAGUAGUGAUGCACGCAGAGCAACCAAUACAGAUCUGGGAACCUCAACCAGACCACUAUGAACAAUCCUCUGCUGACAUAUGGGCUGCUUGUUGUGCAGUCACCAAGAAAGUCAUCUGUGAUGUUGAUGCCAGCCAGAUUCGAGGCAUUGGAUUUGAUGCUACGUGCUCCCUUGUUGUUGUGGAUAAACAGUUCCAACCUUUGGCAGUCAACUCACAAGGGCAAAACAACAGGAAUGUUAUUAUGUGGAUGGACCAUCGUGCAGUCAGUCAAGUAGACCGCAUCAAUGCAACGCAACACCGGAUUUUGAGCUACGUUGGGGGAGUGAUGUCUGUGGAAAUGCAGCCUCCUAAGUUGUUGUGGAUAAAGGAAAACUUACAAGAGUCGUGCUGGGAGAAGGCAGGCUACUUCUUUGAUCUUCCGGAUUUCUUAUCUUGGAAAGCCACAGGUGUCACUGCAAGACAGCAAGUGCUAUCCCAGCAAAGAACAGACCAAUGCAUAAAACUGUGGCAACUCUUAAAUAGGUCCUUAUGUACGCUAGUGUGCAAGUGGACGUACUCUUCAGAUGGAGGUUGGGAUGACAGUUUCUGGAAGAUGAUUGGCUUGGAAGAUUUGGUGAAGGACAAAUAUGAAAAAAUAGGAAACCACGUCUUGUCUCCUGGAGAGCCUGUUGGAAAAGGUCUAACGCCAGAAGCUGCAAAAGAACUUGGUCUCCCCGAAGGGAUUGCAGUAGCAGCAUCUCUCAUUGAUGCACAUGCUGGAGGACUAGGAGUAAUUGGAGCAGAUGUGAGAGGACAUAACCUGCCAUGUGAAAACCAGCCAAUUACAUCACGAGUUGCUCUGAUCUGUGGAACAUCUUCAUGCCACAUGGGGAUCAGUGAAACACCCAUUUUUGUUCCUGGUGUUUGGGGACCUUAUUUCUCUGCCAUGGUACCUGGAUUGUGGCUGAAUGAAGGAGGUCAAAGUGCUACAGGAAAGCUGAUAGAGCAUGUGGUCCAAGGCCAUGUUGCCUUCCCGGAAUUACAAUCCAAAGCUGCAGCCAGUGCUCAAAGUAUAUAUACAUACUUGAACAGUCACCUGGAUCUGAUUAAGAAAUCCUUGCCUGUGGGUUUCCUCACUGUUGAUUUACAUGUUUGGCCAGAUUUCCAUGGAAACAGAUCUCCCUUAACAGAUCUGACACUAAAGGGCAUGGUUGUCGGACUGACGCUGUCUCGGGGUCUGGAUGAACUUGCCCUUAUCUACUUGGCCACGAUUCAAGCAAUUGCUUUAGGAACAAGACAUAUUUUGGAAGCUAUGGAGGCUGCAGGCCAUCAUAUCAACACCCUGUUCCUGUGUGGUGGGCUGAGCAAGAACCCUCUCUUUGUGCAGAUGCAUGCUGACAUUACUGGCAAGCCUGUUGUCCUGUCCAAAGAAGUGGAGUCUGUUCUUGUGGGUGCCGCUAUUCUUGGAGCUUGUGCUUCUGGGGAUUUUGCAUCCAUACAGGAGGCCAUGGCAAAAAUGGGAAAAAUCGGGCGAGUCGUGCGACCGAACCAUGAGCACAAAAGAUUCUACGACAAGAAAUAUGAAGUAUUUUUGAAACUUGUGGAACAUCAGAGAGAGUAUCGCUCCAUCAUGAAAAGCUCCUAAUCCAGUGGCAUCCUCUUUGAACGGCAGGGAUAAAUGCCUACGAUGAGGGUAAAUUCAUCUUACUGCACCAUGCAUUGUAAAAAUACAAUUUUAUCAUUUGAAAUGUCCAUUUUUGUUGUUAAGGAGCAAUAAAAUGCACUCUAUUCGCUACGAA